AUCAAUUUAGUUUCUCUACUAAAAUAAAAUAGGUUCUGAACGCCUCACUUCUUACUGUGCUUAUUGAACACCUGUUUACAAUUUUGGAGAUUCAAACUUUUGUAGAAAACGAGUGCGUACAUGAUUAUAGUUGCAGCUUGGAAAAUUUUAGGAAACUUAUUAGCUACAAAGCUUCUAGUUUUUGCAUUACAAGCGAACUGCGGAAGUAUCUGAUUCUCUCGUGCACAUGGCAAACGACUAAUUUUCAACGGCAAAAAUGGGUGGGUAAUUAACCAAUUACAACUCCUCAGCGGUAUUUCACAUCAUUUCACAAUUCCCCAAUUUCAUCAUCCGGCAUCAAUAUGUUAGUAGCUAGAUUGAUCACAAACAAUCUAAAUCGAAUACGAAAAAUCUCCUCACUAUCAUCAUCAACAACAACAACAACAACAACUCUCAUUCACCACAACUACAAUUUCCAAUUCGAUGAUGAUUCAUCAGCUAGAAAUGUUGUGAAUGGGAGUUUUAUGUUUCAGAGGAGGUGGCAUACGGGCGAUUCACAUUCUCAUCAUGAUCUUCGGUCUGGUAAAGACGGAGAGAGGAUUUUCCGGCUUGGACUUGCUGCUGAUAUUGGCCUAGCUGCUAGUAAAGCUUUUACAGGUUAUGUAUCUGGAAGCACCGCUAUUAUUGCUGAUGCCGCCCAUUCUGUUUCCGACGUGGUUCUGAGUGGUGUGGCAUUGCUGUCAUUUAAAGCUGCAAUGGUUCCCAAGGACAAAGAACAUCCUUAUGGACAUGGUAAAUUUGAGACUCUUGGAGCUCUUGGAAUUUCUGGUGUGCUGUUGGCUACGGCUGGAGGUAUUGGAUGGCAUGCUUUAGAUGUUCUGCUGGGAUUGUGGUCUGCAGCACCUGAAGUUGUUAAUCAGUCUCAUCUGCACCUGCACGAGCAACAUCAUAGCGGUCAUCACCAUGGAAUCGAUAUGGAUCAUCCUGUCCUUGCUUUGAAUGUGACUAUACUCUCUAUAGCUGUUAAAGAAGCAUUAUACUGGAUAACAAAAAGAGCAGGAGAAAGGGUUGGCAGUGGGCUAAUGAAAGCCAAUGCUUGGCAUCAUCGUGCCGAUGCAGUAUCUUCCGUUGUUGCUCUGAUAGGGGUUGGUGGUUCUAUCCUUGGCGUGAAGAUCCUGGAUCCACUUGCUGGGCUGCUUGUUGCAGGCAUGAUCAUGAAAGCUGGACUUGAAUCUGGAUAUCAGAGUGUCUUGGAAUUGGUUGAUGCUGCUAUUCCUUCUAAUACUCUGGAGCCUUUCAAGCGCACAAUUCUACAAGUUGACGGAGUCAAGGGCUGCAGUCACCUGAGAGGAAGGAGGGCUGGUUCAUAUCUCUAUCUUGAUGUUAUAGUUGAGGUUGACCCCUUUUCUAGUGUGAGUGCUGCACAUGAGAUCGGGGAAAAUGUCAGCCGCGAAAUUCAGCGGUUACAUCCCGAAAUAGCUGAAGUAUUUGUACACAUAGAACCAUCAACGAUACACAUUCCACCGACUGCUGAGUUUCAACAGCAGAGUACUAACAUAAUGGGUGAUACCGAAAAACAUUCUUCAUUGGAGCAUGCAGACAUUGAAAAUACAGUUUGCAGCAUUUUAUCUACAAGCUUUCCGCAGAAGAUGAUUGUUGAGCGCGUAACUCCACAUCUGCUGCAAGGACAGGUUUUACUUCAAGUGGAAGUUUCAAUGCCUCCUGAUCUCUUGAUUAGGGAUGCAGUAAAAGUUGCAGAAGAGGCAGAAAAAUUAAUCAUGGAGGCAGCACCCAAUAUUGUUCAUGUGUGCAUUCAGCUACGCCUAGGGCAACCUAUGCCAGAGUCUUACCACGAAUUGGUAGAGAGCAGAAAUCGGGAGACAGAUAACUGACUUUUAUUCUCAAAAGUGUGCAUGUAGAGGUUCGAACGUAUAAUGAAUAAAGAAAUUCUAGUUCAAGAAAAUCAAAGCCCCAUUUUUAUAGGGGCUGAAAGUCAUAAGCAGACAGGCUAUCCUGUUUCAAACAAUCUGGAAGAUAGAGAGGUUGUAAUUCACAAUUGUCAAGAGUUUACUACUAUUAGUUCGACAAUGAUUGUUUACAUGGAUUCAUUUGAAUCCAGAAAAGGUUCAUUUACACAAUGUCUCUGUUUACAAGGAUCAGUGAGUAACAUUUUCUCAGCCUGUGAUUCUCUUUUCA